AUGUAUGGAAUCACCAACGCUUCCAAGGCUCAAUCUUCUAAAAUCACAGAGGCUCAAGCAUCUCAAAUCGCUCAAUCGUACAUAAUUUCUCUACUUGCUUCCCAACCAAAAGUAUUCAAUCUUUCGGCACCUGUAGCUUUUUUGCCAUAUUCAGUGAUUUGGGAUGAUUGUACGCAAAGCGUUUACUACACCGAUAUCCUUGCAAUAGGUAACAAUCUUUCUGUUUUCCGUUACGAUUAUGCCGAAGGAAAAUCGUACGCUACACACAUAGUUGGACAAGAAUCGAACAGUUUUGGGCCUUCGUUCAUUCUACCAGUUAGCUCAAAGUGUAACAAAUACAAAAAUCUCUUCGCCGUUGGCCUGAACCACUCUACUGGCAUAAUUCAAUGGGACGGAAAAUCAUCGAGUGUCAAUUUAUUGAGUACACUUUUUGCUGUUGAACUAAAUGAUCCGACAAGCAGUUUCGGAACUGCACGCCAAGGCGAAAAAGGAACACUUUAUACCGGAACAUUCCAUCUUAACUACUGCAAUGCACCUCUUAACGAAUCAAUUUACAGAUAUACAAAGAAGAAAGGUGUAGAACAGCUCGUCUUUGGCAGCCAAAGUACUUCUGGUAUUGCUUAUGACAAGAAUUCCAAAACACUUUACCACGUCGAUUUGUGUCAAAAACAGAUCGUCGGAUUCCCAUUGAAUUCUAACGGAUAUAUAAAAGGCAAAGGAAGCAUUGUUUAUAACUUCUAUGAUAGCAACUCAACUUCUUCCGUCAUUCCUAUCGGCUUGGAAAUCGACUCAAAAGGAUUUCUCUAUACUGGCAACUAUGCGGACGGUACAAUUUUGAGAAUUGAUCCGAAAACGUCGUCGGUAGCUACUAUCGCCCAACUGCCAUCGUUCGCAUCAAUCGGUGGAUUGGCCUUCGGCGGUCCAAAAAGAGAUAUUUUAUUUGCUGUUGCUGGAUCAAUUGCACUUAAUCUUGAUUCAGGAGCUAUAAGUGAACUUCCACCAAGUCAAACAUCGUUGUAUGCAAUUACUAACGUGGGAAAAGGCCGAAAAAUGUCUAGCGGUUCCGUUCUUAUGGCACUUUCCGUAUCUGGUCACUUUGAGAACCAAUGCGUGACAAAGGGUUAA